AUGGCCCCAAAAAUAGACUGGUCUCGCGAAGCAACAAAAUGGUUGAUUGAACUCUAUGAAAGUCAUCCUUAUUUAUAUAAAACUACUCACGCUGAUUAUAAAAAUACAACGAAGAGGGUAGCAGCUAUUAAAUUGAUAAAAAAUGCAUUAGAAGAAAGCAAGUUAAUAGAAAAUGUCACAGAGGAAGAAGUAAAUAGAAAUAUUCAUGGCUUGAGAUCUCAAUAUUUUAUGGAACUCGCAAAACUUAAAGCAAGCUAUACAAGUGGAAGUGGUACAGAUGACAUAUAUCUACCUAAAUUAUGGAGUUAUCAGUUAUUAUCUUUUUUGAAGGACUCUGCUCCGGUAAGGGAGUCGAUAUCCAAUUUAGAUGAAAAUACAGAGAUUACUGAAGAUGGCCCUCAAAAAGACCAAGAAAACAGUGACAUAGUAUUUGAUGGCUUCGUAGAAGAUCUGGAUAAUUUUCAGUAUGAAACUGAUUCGUCAGCGACCCCAUCAACAUCACGGCCAUCGACAGCAGUGCGAAGAAAACGUCGCUGUACAUUACAAACGAAAGCUAUGUCUGUAAUAGAACAUGCAUCAGAAGUAUUAGCAUCUACAGUGAAAAAAAGUAAUGACAUAUGUGCAUUUGGAUAUACAAUAGCUACAGAAUUAGGCGAAAUUAAAAACCCUCAUAUUUUACGGGAAACAAAAAGACACAUAUUUAAUUUAGUAAUAGAUGCCCAAGAUAAUGAUUCAAAUUAA